CCCAAAAAUCCACUGAAUUCUAUCCCGUCUUGAUCACAGCUGCAUCUUUCCACCCACCAAAAUACGGAGAAUCAAAAUCAUUUUGAAAUUCGAAUCCGAAUUUGGUAGAUUUGUUUCAGACUUUGCGAGAGGCAAGCAAUCCGCAGGUUGUGUUUCUGUCUCGGUCUUGGCCUCUCCACUCUUCUCUUCCGUGGCUGGGUUUCACCAUGGAUCCGCCAAUCUCAUGGGACUCCUUGAGAAAGCAGGCAAGGAAGCUUGAAGCUCAACUUGAUGAGCAGAUGCAUUUAUAUCGUAAAUUAGUCAGCACAAAAGUUGACAAUGCCACAGAUAACGAUCUUGAAAUUGGGAUAGAACAACUACUUAAACAGAUCCAACAAGUUAACUCUCACAUGCAAGCUUGGGUCUCAUCUGGAGGAUCUGAAAUAUUUUCACAUACAUUAACUCGCCAUCAAGAAAUCCUUCAGGAUCUUUCUCAGGAAUUUAACCGUCUCCGUUCUAGCUAUAGAGCUAAAAAAGAGCAUGCGUCAUUGCUUGAUGAUUUUAGGGAAUUUGAUCGCACUAGAUUAGAUCUGGAAGAUGAUGGUGGCUCUUACGAUCAAGCACUCCUUAAUGAGCGUGCUUCUUUACACAGGAGCACUGGGCAGAUGGAUGGUGUGAUUUCUCACGCGCAAGAAACUUUUAAGGCACUUGUGUAUCAACGGUCAACUUUUGGCGGCAUUAAUUCAAAGCUUAGUAAUGUCAGUAGUCGGCUUCCAACGGAAUUCAUAAAGUCCAUCCUGAAGCUUUUUGUCCAAAUCCCUGAAGGCAAUCAUCAUCGCUAUCAACAACAAAAACUUAACCCCAAGCGCAAAAGGGUCAAUUUGGACAAAAGCAACAUAGGUGUGGCCAAAGGGGGCCUAGUGCCUACGCAUGAAAGGACAAAGAGGUAAUUUAUAGAGCAAAGGAAACGACAUACUUGAUGUUCGGUCCCAUAUAUGGAAGUGGCGAUGGUUGCAAUCCUCCUCGCCUGAAAAUAUAGACUUUUUGAACUUCCAGACGAUCUGGCCAAGCUGAGCACACAAACUCCAAGGAGUCAGGCCCUUCUUCCUUCUUCCAUAUGUCUACUAGAAAACUAAUAUGAAGCUGCACAUCUUCAGAAGUUCCAUCUCCAGAUUUGGAGAUGGGAACUGCACAAUCGAACAUUGUUACUUCAAUUUUGAUGUCUUCAUCAUCCUGAAACUUCCUCUUUAAGGUAAUCCACUGCUCAGCUGGGUGAUCUUGAACUGUAAAUUCAUUGAAAACUGUAACAUGCUGGAGAAAUACAACAGAGUAGACAUGAGAAACAAGAAAGGACAAUUAUAGACAUCAACGCGUCCUAUGAUCACUUAUCCAGUAAUCAAGACUGCUCAAAAUUUCAAUUGUCUCUAUCCCAAUGCAUUUGUCUAGUUUGACUUUUUUAAAUCAAAUUAUACUAACUUU